ACAAGGUACAAAGACUAACAGGACAAGGAGAACAGCACAUACACCGAGUCCGAGACCCAAUCCUCAGAUUGGCAAGCUGCCAACCAAAGAAAACCCAAGGGUUGCUUAUAGGAAGUUGGUACUCGGGACUUGUACCGCAGACACCAAUUAUUAGAGAUGGCCCACCUUUUUAUCUGCGCAAACAAGGAAACAGUCAGAUCAACUACGAUAAUGCAAUUGCUCUCAUCACAUACUUAACUUUUCCUGUCACUUUGAGAGAUAUGUAUGCAACGAAGCCUCUAUCACUUUACCGGAAUUUCCCAACUGCUCGUUCAGCGCCACCACCAGGGGCUCCGUAUUCAGGUUAUUUAGUUGUUACAGAUGAAGAAGCAGAAGCACAAGAAAGAUUUUGUUGUCGUCUAUGCAAGAACAAGAGAAUCACAGACCUACCAUUUCCGCAAGACAAGAUUUUGAAGGUUGUUCACUCAUCUGACUAUGAAGAUUCAUCUGUUACAAAGGUUUGGUUCAUCCCAGUUCUUGAUCAGCCCCUCUCAUCGUACCGGUACUAUGUCAUCAAAGCCGAAGGCAAGCAUAAGGGGCUAGCAUUUACAUGUUCAAGAGAGGAUGAUAUUGCUGGAUGUUGCUUUAGGGAUGUCAUAGCAGAUGUAAAACCAAUACCUUUCAAUCACAGGGACAUAUACCAACAAGUUGAGAUUCAUCACCACUUUAAUGGCACUUUCUACGCGAUCUCUGUAGCUGGUGACGGUUUUCCUCCAAAAUUCCUAAGAAGAAGGGGAUGGCGAGUUUAUACCACCAGUACUUCGUUGCACGUAAAAGAAACUCAAGGCCUCAACACCUCUCUCCAGUUACAACUUCCCCCAUUCGAUUUUUCAAUAUACUACAAGUGUUCCCCUCUUCUUGUUGUCGCAAGAUGGUACUGCCCAUUUGUGUUCGUGAAGGAGGAAGCUAAAGUAGACUACCAAGUUAGAAGAUCUUUGUUGUAUGAGAUGACGCUUCAGCAAUGGUGGGAAGAGAUCUAUUCCUGCGAAAACGAAAGAAAUGAAGGUAAUACCGUGACUGUGAAUAAAAGGGUGCAAACAGAAGCUGUUCUAGUCUAUGGCAUUGAAGCCACGAAAGACGACGGGCAUUUUCGUGAUGAUGGGUUUGCUUGGUUUAGAGUCAAUUAUCAUCCUUUUUGGAGGAGAGGGGUGGGUGUGGGUUUGAGUUCGGCGGUUGUCGAGAAGAUGAGAUGGGUGGAGGAGAGAAGAGGGUGGGGGUAUGGUGGAGGAGAGAGAGAGGCGAGAGUGGAGAGGGUGGAGGAGGUUAGAAGUGGGAGGCAGUGGAAGAGGUUUGGUUGUUAUGUGCUGGUAGAGAGUUUUGUUUUGAAGAGAAUUGAUGGGCUUGUGUUACUAAGCUGUAAAUUUAGGCACUGCCACAGGGUUCAAAGCAAAUGGGAGUGAGGAUUUCUAUUUACCAAGGCCCUGUGGUUGGCCAUUCUGCUGUUGAGUAAAGUAUAUGACAAAUUCAAGAAACACAAUUUGCUGCAAAUGAGAUAAAGGAUAUAGCUAAUUGGUUGAU